CCUGAAGAUGGCGGAGAGUUAAUAGUAGGGGGAAAAGAAACUGGUGCGCUCCAAGGAAUACAUUGACGCUGGAGGAGCCCACACAUUACUAAAGACCAGACAAAACUCUGGACAGGCCACGGCUGAACGCAGAUCAGACUCAUGCCAAGGUGGGAUGUGAAGUUGAGUGAAGUUUGAUUUCAUGGUUUUACUCUGCUGAAGAGGUGCUGAUAUGUGCUUACGAUGAGUGGACUGGGAGACAACUCCUUGGAGCCCCUGUGCUCCGACCGGAAACGCAAACUCUCCACCUGUGACACGCCUGGCCUCGGGUGCGACAAGAGGCGGCGGGAGCAGGAGAGCAAGUACAUUGAGGAGCUGGCCGAGCUGAUCUCCGCCAACCUCAGUGACAUUGACAGCUUCAACGUCAAGCCGGACAAGUGCGCCAUCCUCAAGGAGACGGUGCGGCAGAUCCGGCAAAUUAAGGAGCAAGGGAAAGCCUCCUCCAAUGACGAUGACGUCCAGAAGGCCGAUGUGUCCUCCACGGGCCAGGGGGUCAUUGACAAGGACCAUCUGGGGCCACUGCUGCUUCAGGCUCUGGAUGGCUUCUUGUUCGUGGUCAACCGGGAGGGCAGCAUCGUUUUUGUGUCUGACAACGUGACGCAGUACCUGCAGUACAAGCAGGAGGAGCUGAUCAACACAAGUGUCUACACCAUCCUGCAUGAGGAUGACCGCGAUGAGUUCCACAAGAACCUGCCCAAGACCAACAUGAAUGGCAUGUCUUGGGCAGGAGAAGCGCCGCGGCAGAAGAGCCACACCUUUAACUGCCGCAUGCUGGUGAAGUACAGCCAUGGCCCUGGGGAGGAGGGGGCCGGCGCCCCGCGAUACGAGACCAUGCAGUGCUUCGCCCUUACACAGCCCAAAGCCAUGAUGGAGGAGGGCGAAGACCUGCAGUCCUGCAUGAUCUGUGUGGCACGCCGCAUCACCGCAGUGGAGCGUACGGAGAGUUUCAACACCAAGCACGAGCUUUCAGGCAAGCUGAUCCAGGUGGACCCGAACUCGCUGCGCACGUCCAUGCGGCCCGGCUGGGAGGACCUCCUACGCAGGUGCAUCCAGAUGUUCCUGCACCACAGCGAGGGCCAGCCCUGGUCCCACAGACGCCACUACCAAGAGGCUUUCAUGCAGGGACAUGCCGAGACCCCGCUGUACCACUUCUCGCUGUCAGACGGCACUCCCGUCACGGCACAGACAAAGAGCAAGCUGUGUCGCAACCACGUGACCAAUGAACCACAGGGCUUCAUAUCCACCCAUCUGCUGCAGAGAGAGCAGAAUGGGUAUCGCACCAACCAGGGUGGUAUGAGGCCACAAGGCAUGCCGAACACCAACCCCAAUGCCCAGCCUGGCGGGGGUAUGGCCAACAGGGGCUAUGGCGUGAACGAGCAGGGUCACAUGGGCCAGAUGGGUGGAGCCAUGUAUGGCAGCGGUGGCAACCGAAUGAUGCAGAUGAAUCAGAUGAAUCCCAUGAAUCAGAUGAAUUCCAUGAACCAGAUGAAUCAAAUGAAUCAGAUGAAUCCUAUGAAUCAAAUGAAUCAGAUGAAUCCCAUGAAUCAAAUGAAUCAGAUGAAUCCCAUGAACCAGAUGAAUCCAAUGAAUCAGAUGAAGCCCAUGAAUCAGAUGAACCAGAUGAACUCGAUGAACCAAAUGAAUCAGAUGAAUCCCCCGGGCCCUGGCAUGCAACAACAGCAGCAGCAGCCUCCCUUUCAGGGUGGGGGGUAUGGCCGAGGCAUGAAUAGUCCCUCCCAGGGCAGCCCAGGCAUGAAUGCCCCCCAGCAGGGCCUCAUGGUCUCACCCAGGACACGUGGCAGUCCUAAAAUGGGCCAGUUUUCCCCGGGAGGAAUGCAGUCCCCCAUUGGCCCAGCACCCCCAGCUGGGGGAGCCAGCACGUUCUCCAACAGCUCCCUGGAUGCCCUGCAGGCCAUCAGCGAGGGGGUGGGCAGUGCCCUGUCCUCCGCCCUCACCUCACCCGCUCACAAACCCGACAGCUCGCCCGGCCUCAACCCCCCUCAGCAGCAGGGCAACCCGGCGGGUAAACCGGGCCACGGCGACACCGGAAGCCCGGCGGGCGUGCACAGCAGCGGGGGCGACCCCCACCCCCACCCCUCCGUGGCGGACAGCGGCAGGGAGAGGCCGGACAGCCAGGCGGGCCCGCACGGCAGCAAGGAGGGCGGCGAGGGGGGCGGGGCCGGCUCCGAGCCAGCCAAGUGGAUGCCGGGCAACAAGGGGCACAAGAAGCUGCUGCAGCUGCUGACGUCGCCCACCGAGGAGCUCUGCCUGGCCACUGGCGGGGGUCCCUCUGCGCCCCCUCCCGGAGCCUCCACGCCCACAGGGCCUGACGCCAAGGAGCCCGCUGGGUGCGUCACCAGCCCAGCCUCCGCGGGAGUCUCUUCCUCCUCUUCCUCGGCUGCCCCGGGGCAGCAGGGCCCUGGUGGGGCUGCCCCCUCUUCCUCCUCGAGCACUGCCCAAUAUGCCACCCACUCGCUGCAGGAGAAGCACAAGAUCCUGCACAAGCUCCUGCAGAACGGGAACACCCCUGACGAGGUGGCCAAGAUCACCGCCGAGGCCACUGGGAAGGUGCCUGUAGGGGCGGAGCUGGGGGCAGGGGGCGGGGCCGGCAGGAGCGGGGCGGGGAUGGUGGAUGUGAAGCAGGAGCAGCACAGCCCCAGGAAGGAGAAGACCCACGCCCUACUGCACUACCUUCUGAACAAGGAGGAGCCUGGCGACAUCAAGCCCAAGCUGGAGGAGCUGGAGGGAAAGAGCGCUCAGGGAGACUGCAGCGGCCCCAACACGGACAGCACAGAGGGCAAGGUCAAGACUGAGCCGGCAGACGAGCUACAUAACCUGGAGAUGAUCCUGGGAGGGAUGAGGGACUCCGCCUCCAGUUUGUAUCCAGAACCAGUACCGGGCGGGGCUGGCAAAGAAUCGAACAAGCAGGGGACCUGUCUGGAUGACGGCAUGCGUGGCUCCAGGAGUCCAAGCUUGGUCCCUGCUCCGCGUGCUCCCUUCCAGAGAGCCAUGUCUGUGGACAGUAAGCCCCCCAUGGGGGGCGGGCUGGCAGGGCGCCGCAGUGCCCCAUGUCCCAUGCUCAGACAGGAGAAUAUGGAGAGCCCGCGUGGGAUGGGCGUGCCGGAGAACUUCCCAGGCAAUAUGGGAAUGAUGAACAGAGGGAUGGGGGUUGCCCAGCGCUCUCCAAUGGGGGGUGCAGGGGAUUGGGGGAUGACCCCGUCCAGUGGCAGUCCUGUGGGCCCGGGAGGACACCCUUCCAUGGUCCGCCCAGGACCAGGAGACUUCAGCUCUAAAGGCAUGAUGGGAGGACCCAUGGGUCUCAACAGGUCCAACAGCAUGCCAGGGGGCAGGUCAAUGCUGCAGCAGCAGCUGAUGGAUAUGGGACCCAAUGAGGUGAAUAUGGGGGUGGGUCCCUUCAGUGGGCAGGGCCCCCCAAAUCAAUCUCCCUCCUGGUCAGACAGUAUGAUGGGGAUGGAGCCAGGACCCCCCAAUGGAUGUGGCAGACGGCAGUUUGGGAACCCCCUGGAUGAGCUGCUGGGGCCCCCCUCCACCAGCGAGGGGCAGAAUGAUGAGCGAGCUCUCCUGGACCAGCUGGACUCGCUGCUCAACAACACGGACGUGAUAGCGCUGGAGGAGAUCGACCGGGCUCUGGGCAUCCCCGACCUCGUCAGCCAGGGCCAGGGCGGGGAGCAGCCCCCAGACAUGUUCCCGGGUCCGGACUCGCCCAUGCUGAUGGAGCAGAGGUCGAUGUAUGGCCAGGGGUACCCAGGGCCUCCCAGCAUGCCCAUGCAGCCAGGCUACGGCGGGGGCCCUGUGCAGGCCCAGCCGCCCGGCUUCGGCCCCAUGGGGACCCCGAUGAGCCAGCAGGGCGGCUUCCCCCUGCCCGCCAUGCACCCCCGCGCCGGCGCCAUGAGGCCGCGCAUGAUGAGCGCCACCAAGCCGCUGCGGCUGCAGCUGCAGCAGAGACUGCAAGGCCAGCAGCAGUUCAUGAACCAGAGCCGGCAGGGUCCAGGUGUAAAGAUAGAGAAUGCCCCUGCAGGAAACCCUGUGCUUCGACCAGGCAUGCAGCCAGGCAUGACUGGACAGCCGGGGUUCCUGAAUGCACAGAUGCUAGCACAGAGGAACCGGGAGAUGAUGAACUUUCAGCUUCGGAGGCAGAGGAUGGUGAUGGCCAUGCAGAGGCAGCAGCAGCAGCAGCAACAGCAGCAGCAGCAGGUUGCAGGUUUCAGUCCGCCCCCCAACGUCACUGCGCCCGCGGGCAUGGACGGUUCCAUGGGUGGCCCCCCGAUGAACACUCCGGGCCAGCAGCCCUUCCCAUAUGGCGGAAACUACGGGAUGAACCAGCAGGGAGACCCCUCGUUUGCAAACUCGGCUGGCAGCCCCCCUAACAACAUGAUGUCUGGCCGCCUGGGUCCUCCUCAGUCUCCCAUGAUGCAGCAGCACCCUCAGGGCGGGCCUAUGUACCAGUCGACUGAUAUGAAGAGCUGGACACAAGGUGGCAUGCCACGGAAUAACUUAUACCCGCAACAGCAGUUUGGCCAGCAGGGGGCACCAGGCUCCUACGGGGGCAUGAUGAUGAAUGGCAGCAUGCCGGUGAACGGGGGCAACGGGGCACACAUGGGACAGAUGCAGGGGCAGAUGCAAGGACAGAGGGGCAUGAAUCCCAUGAGCAUGGGCCGGAUGCCCAUGGGACCUGAGCAGAAAUACUGCUGAUGGCUGUAACUCCUGGUGUCAGAAGGCCUUGCUGCACCCUACUGUGAAACCUGGGCCCUAGCUGUGUUAUAAGGCGGCUGAUUUUGAGCCUGUUUUCAGAUCAGGCAACUGUGUCCUGCAUCACCUCCAGAGACUUAUCCCUUUGGGAUCAAUGUGGUGCUGAAACAAGGCCUCUGUGAAUGUGAGACUGUGACCACACACACAUUCAAACACACACAGACACACAGACUGACAUUCACUCACAAGCACCCUACUGUACACACGUGCACACACAUAGGCAGAUGCAUAGAGUCGCAUACACAGACACACACAUACAUAUGUACGUACAUGUACCUACUCAUACACUCGCAAACAGGUAUAUGAUGAUCAUUUUCAAUCUUAGACAUAUAUUUAUCUAGUUUUUGGGGGUUCAUGUCCUCCUGCUGGAGGAACCUAGCUUUGCUUGCUGGACCAAACAGAACAUGGUCUGUUCCUGCAGUGAAAGGAGAGGUCUCAGUUAAUUUGCUGACGGAGUAGAAGUCAUGCAGUAUUUAGCCUUUAGUGUGGGGAAACACUCUUUGCUUUGAAAUAUGAUGGGUUAUGGUACGAUGUAAAAUAUUUUGUUGCGAUUGCAUUGCACUUUACAGAAAGGCUAAUAUUGAAAGGAUUGUUGCAAUAUUUCUUAGUCAUUAUAGCCUUAUUCAAAAAUCAAUGCACAUAGCAAACCUUUACUUCACCGGGCUCUUUUUAAUUUGAAAAAGUUACAGAGAGCAGUAAGCACAGAUGUUCCUACAUUAUGCAGAUUGAAGCAAUAAACUUUCUUCUGUUCUUUCGACUGAAAUUGAA